AGUCACUUCUGAGACAUAACUUCUAAAGAUGAAAACCUGCCACCUGACCAACAAAAACCGUCGUUCCUGGGAGUCCUUGGCUGUUGCUGAUGGCAAAAACCAAGCUUGCUAGAAGUUCAUUUGCAGGUCCUAAGUGUCAGCCGCACUUGUGUGGUCCUCGCCAUGGAAGGUGCUUUGGCUGUACAGGAUGGCCUCUCUGAGGAUGGAUCAAGCGAUGUCUCCUCAGCUUGCCUGGAAAGCUCUCCAGGGCCUCCCGGCUUACAGAUGCUGCCUACCUCGAGAGAGGGAUCUCACUGUGCUGAUAUCGAGAAUAAAGCCUCAGCUGAAGGAGAAAGCCUGGAUGUACCUGACAAAAGGAACUCCUGGCAGAAUGGACCAACACCACCGUUCCCAGACUCUCCAUCUAUUGAUCCUACUACAAGCCCAGUGGGUCCCAAUGCCUCUUCAGGCUCAACAGAGGCUUCCCUGCCGCUGGAGAACGAGGAACAGGUUCGCCUUCAGGCUCGCAAGCGGCUGGAAGAACAGCUCAAGCAGUACCGGGUGAAGCGCCAGCAAGAACGAUCUAAUCAGCCUGCAGCUAAAUCAAGACUUUUUAGUACACUUGAUCCUGAACUUAUGCUGAACCCCGAGACCUUACCAAGAGCCAGUACUGUGGCUAUGACAAAAGAAUAUUCUUUCCUGCGCACUAAUGUCCCUCGGGGACCAAAGGUGGGGAGUUUAGGUCUCCUGGCACACUCUAAAGAGAAGAAAAGUUCUAAGUCAAGCAAAAUUCGGUCUCUGGCUGAUUAUAGGACCGAAGAGUCGGACACUGGGAAUUCUGUUGUCCCAGCUACGGACUCUGCAAGGGUUUCUGUGAAGGAGCACCGGAGUGGAGCAGCCUCAGUGGUGUCUGAGAUCAGCCUUUGUCCUGAGACAGAGGAGCGUCUGGAGGGCGUAUCCGUCCUGGGAGAUGCUGCAUCAGAAGUGGAUGGAAGUGAGAGUGACAGCUCCUACAGCAAUGCUUCAGCUCAGGGGACACCAGGCCGUCUCAUGAACUCUAUGGGCAUGAAAGAAGCCCCCUAUGUCAUCAAUGGCCAGGAGAUAGCUGCUGGCGCACUGGGCCAGUUCCCCUCCAUCACAGAUGUUCUUCAGGCGGCUGCAGCUGAAUACCGGGACCAACAGCAAGAGGUCAAUGGGGAGACCCGGAGCCGGACAGACAGCAUCUGUAGCAGUGUGUCCUUGGAAAGCUCUGUUGCUGAGACGCAGGAUGAAAUGUUGCAGGUUCGAAAAGAGAAGAUGAGACUGGAAGGACAGCUGGAAGCUCUGUCAUUAGAGGCCAGCCAGGCCCUGAAAGAAAAGACAGAACUGCAGGCACAGCUGGCUGCCCUGAACAUGAAGCUACAGGCACAGGUAGAGCACAGCAAUAGCAGUCAGCAGAAGCAGGACUCACUCAGUUCUGAGGUGGACACCCUGAAGCAAUCCUGCUGGGACCUGGAGCGAGCAAUGAUAGACCUGCAGACCCUGCUGGAAGCCAAGAACGCCAGCCUGGCAUCUUCUAACAGUGACCUUCAGGUAGCAGAGGAGCAAUACCAAAGACUCAUGGCUAAAGUGGAAGAAAUGCAAAGUAGCAUCCGCAAAAAGGACAAUACAGUCUAUGACCUGCGACAGCAGAUGGCCUCCUUGCAGAGCCAACUACAACAUGUGCAACUGGAGCGCAGUACCCUGAGCAGCAAGCUGAAGGCAUCCCAGGCGGAGAUUUCAUCACUGCAGAGUGUCCAGCAGUGGUACCAACAGCAGCUCACCCUGGCUCAGGAGGCCCGAGUGAGGCUGCAAGGGGAGAUGGCACACAUCCAGGUCGGACAGAUGACUCAAGCAGGCCUCUUGGAGCAUCUGAAACUUGAGAAUGUGACUCUGUCCCACCAGCUGACAGAGACCCAGCAGAAAUCUAUCAAGGAGAAGGAGCGAAUUGCUGUCCAGCUUCAAGGCAUUGAGGCUGACAUGUUGGACCAGGAAGCUGCCUUUGUGCAGAUUCAAGAGGCAAAGACAAUGGUGGAGAAGGACCUGCAGAAGAGGCUGGAGGAAUUUGAGACUGAGAAGGAGCAACUGCAAAAGCUGGCAGCCUCAGCAGCGGCCCUGGAGCAGCAACUAGAGCAGGUGAAAUUGACCUUGCAUCAGCGAGACCAGCAACUUGAGGCUUUGCAGCAGGACCACCUGAACUUACUGCAGCAAUUCACCAUGACACAGGAGACCCUGCAGACACGGGAGCAAUCCCUGGGCAAUUUGCAGGCACACUAUGAUGAGCUGCAGGUCAGGUUGGAGGAGCUACAAGGGGAGGCCACCUCUAAGGAUGACACCAUCCACUUCUUGCAAAAUGAGAAAAUUGUCUUGGAAGUGGCUUUGGAGGCAGCCAAGAAUAGCAAGGAGGAGUUUGAUACUGGAGUGAAACAUUUGGAAGACAAUACCAAGGAAACUUCAGAAAUUUUAGAGCAGUUGAGACAAGAAUUAGCCAUCAAAUCCAGCCAGGUGGAUCACCUGCAAGAAGAAAAUUCUACUUUGAAAAAACAGAUGCAGAAAAUAAAGGAACAGUUUCUUCAACAGAAGGUGAUGGUGGAGGCCUACCGGCGGGACACCACCUCCAAAGAAAAGCUCAUCAGCGAACUGAAAGCCACAAAGAAGAAACUGGACUUGGAAUUGAAAGAGCUGAGGCAGGAGUUGAUGAGACUUCAGGGGGAAAAGAAAUCCGUGGAGAUAGAACAAUCACGUCUGCAGAAGGAAGUCUCCCAGGUCCGUCAACAGAUGGUGGACCUCGAAGGACAUCUCCAGUCAGUACAAAAAGAUCGUGAUGACUUACAGGUGCACUUACAGUCUUUGCAGAUUGAUAAAGAGCAGAUGGUUGCUCUUUCCGAGGCAAAUGAGACGCUCAAGAAACAAGUAGAGGAGCUACAGCAAGAAGCCAAGAAGGCCAUCUCUGAACAGAAGCAGAAGAUGAAAGUGCUGGGUUUGGACCUCAACAGUGCUCAGAAGGAGAUGAAGGCCAAGCAUAAGGCCUAUGAGAAUGCAGUGGGCAUCCUUAGUCGUCGCCUGCAGGAGGCCCUCAUGGCCAAGGAAUCAGCAGAGGCAGAGCUGAGCCAACUGAGAGCCCAGGCUAGCAACAGUGGUAGUGACCUCACUCUGCAUGAGAAGAUUCAGGCCCUGGAGGUAGAGCUGCAGACCCUUGGACAUAGCAAGAUGAUGCUGGAGAAGGAGCUACAAGAAGUCAUUGUGAUGACCACCCAGGAGCUUGAAGAGCAAAGGGAGAAGGUGCUGGAGCUAGAAGAUGAGCUUCAGGAGUCCAGAGGUUUUAGAAGGAAAAUAAAACGCCUGGAGGAGUCAAACAAGAAACUGACUCUGGAGUUAGAACAUGAGAAAGGGAAGGUUGCAGGCCUCAGCCAAUCCAGCUCAGCUCUAUGGGAACACAACAGCAUCUUAGAAUCUGCCCUAGCUCAGCGGGAGGCAGAUUUGGUCCAGUUGAAUCUUCAGGUGCAGGCAGUUCUACAGCGUAAGGAGGAGGAGGACCGACACAUGAAGCAGAUCAUCCAGACUUUAGAGGCUGCCUUGGAGAGAGAGAAAGUGACUGUGAGCAGCCUCAAGGAACAGGUCGCUGCUGCAAAGGUGGAUGCGGGACAUAACCGCCGCCACUUUAAGGCUGCUACCUUAGAACUGAGUGAGGUGAAGAAGGAGCUACAGGCCAAGGAGCACCUGGUGCAGAAGCUGCAGGAGGAGGCCGAGAAUCUCCGGUUUCAGGAGAAGAGUCAUUCCCAGGAAGUAGCACAGUUCCAGGCAGAGCUGGCAGAGGCCCGGACCCAGCUCCAACUCCUGCAGAAACAGCUCGAUGAACAGCUGAGCAAGACACCCCUGGGGAACCAAGAGAUGGAAAAUCUCAAGUGGGAGGUGGAUCAGAAAGAGAGAGAAAUUCAGACCUUGAAGCAGCAACUAGACUCAACUGAGCAACAGAACCAGAUGGAACUGGACGGACUCCAGCAGUUACUGCAGAAUAUCAAAUCAGAACUGGAGGUGGUACGAGACGAUCUGUCCCUGACGCAGAAAGAUAAAUUUAUGCUUCAAGCAAAAGUGUCAGAGCUCAAGAACAGCAUGAAGACACUGCUACAGCAGAACCAGCAGCUGCAUGUGGAUUUGCACCACAGCAUGGCCAAGACGAGGAAGGACUUGAAAGGCGAGGCCAGCUCUUCCAACCCUGUAACUCCGGUGAAGAUUCCCGAUUGUCCAGUCCCAGCCUCACUAUUGGAGGAGUUACUGAGGCCUCUGCCUGCUGUGAGCAAGGAACCCCUCAAGAAUCUCAACAACUGUCUCCAGCAACUGAAGCAGGAAAUGGACAGCCUGCAGCGCCAGAUGGAGGCCCACACUGUCACCGUGCAUGAGUCUCUGUCCUCGUGGACUCAGGGAAGCUCUGCUACCACUCCCUCUUCCCCAGAAGACCACUCUAACCCCAGGGGAGAUAUGGAGAUGCACAGCCAGAACAGAGCCUCUGGAGAAGGACUGACCACUGUGGCUGCUGAGCACCCACACCCUGGCAUCAUCGAAACCUAGAGGACUGUUCCUGUGUACAUCGUAUUUAUUGGACUGUGCUCUCUGUCUGUCUGAGAGAUGAAAUGGCGCUCUGCAUUUGCCUUUAUAAGGAGUGAAAGAAUAGUAGAGCCGGGGUAGAGAAAUAGUCACUUGCAAAUCACACCUAAUUUUUUUCCCAUGAAAUGACCAAAUCUUUAAAAUCUAUUUUAGACUUGAUAAAAAAAAAAAAAAGUUGAGGUUGUUUGCCAAGGACUUGAGAGUAGCAGUGGGCUCUGCUCUCCUGGAGAGCCCCUGGGGACUCAGGUUGUCCAUAUUCCUGUUUUAUCCUAUAAGAGCUUUCCUCCCCCCAGGAAAGAAUCUUUGGUUGUACCUUUUGUUAUUAUUCUUGGAUUUUUCAACAGCUAUCCCACCAUAGAGUGUAUAUAGAAAUAUAGGGAAUUGCUGUCUUAAUCGCUGAAAAGCAAAUCCUGGUGUUAUUUAAGAAUGACCUGAAUUUGACCUACUGAUUGCCUUUUGAAAACCUGCUUUCAGGAAAUAAUGUUCAUGUAGGAUUUAGGGACUUUAGUUAGGAAAUUGUAUUUUAAGAAGUAUUAUUUUAUGUACUUGGACAGGAAGUAUGUUUAAUUUCACUUUAUUUUUGAGGGAUUUUUUUUCUUGCUAGGUGCACAGUGCCCACUAGUCCUACCCU